GGGUGGGGUGGGGCAGAGAAGGAAAGUGGGUGGGCGGGGGGCCAGGAGCACCAAAUAUAAAAAGCGCAGGGUUGCAGCUACUGAGCGCCAAGGGUUCUCUACUCUGACUCCUCCCUCGCCACGUCUCGGCUCCGGCUCUACUCGACCUUGUCGGGCCUCGGCUGCUCAGGGCUGCGGUGGAAAGAUGGCGGCUCCGGCCGGCGGCGCGGAGGCGGCUUUGGCGGCUGCGUUAGCCGAUGUCCCCGAGCUGUCCCGGCUCCUGGAGAUUGACCCCUAUCUGAAGCCCUACGCCGGGGACUUCCAGCGGAGGUAUAAGCUCUUCACCCAGACUUUGAAAGAAAUUGAAGAAAAAGAAGGCGGUAUUAAGAAAUUCUCCAAAAGUUAUGAAUCAUUUGGAGUCCAUCGAUGUGCUGAUGGUGGUUUAUAUUGCAAGGAAUGGGCUCCCGGAGCAGAAGGAGUUUUUCUUACUGGAGAUUUUAAUGGUUGGAAUCCCUUUUCUUAUCCCUAUAAAAAACUUGAAUAUGGGAAAUGGGAGCUUUACAUCCCACCUAAACAUGAUAAAACUUCAAUUGUGCCGCAUGGAUCAAAAUUAAAGGUGGUCGUAACUAGCAAAAGUGGGGAGAUCCUGUAUCGUAUUUCACCCUGGGCAAAAUACGUGGCUCGUGAAGGGGAUCACGUGACUUACGAUUGGAUACACUGGUGCCCAGAGCAUCCUUACCGACACCAGCACCCUCGGCCCGCGAAGCCCCGCAGCCUCCGGAUCUACGAGUCUCACGUCGGGAUCUCGUCUCACGAAGGGAAAGUUGCAUCCUACAAACACUUCACGUGCAACGUUCUGCCCAGAAUCAAGGACCUGGGCUACAACUGCAUUCAGAUGAUGGCGGUCAUGGAGCACGCCUAUUACGCCAGUUUCGGCUAUCAAGUCACGAGCUUUUUCGCAGCGUCCAGCCGUUAUGGUACCCCUGAUGAACUGAAGGAGCUGGUGGAUGUUGCCCACUCGAUGGGAAUCAUCGUCCUCUUGGAUGUCGUUCAUAGUCACGCGUCCAAAAACUCUGAGGAUGGUCUGAACCAGUUUGAUGGGACUGAUUCCUGCUAUUUCCAUUCUGGACCGAGAGGAAAUCAUGACCUCUGGGACAGUAGGCUGUUUGCCUAUUCUAGCUGGGAAGUUUUAAGAUUCCUUCUUUCUAACUUGAGAUGGUGGCUAGAAGAAUAUUGCUUCGAUGGAUUCCGUUUUGAUGGUGUGACAUCGAUGCUUUAUCACCACCAUGGAAUGGGUCAAGGCUUUUCGGGCGACUACAGUGAAUAUUUCGGACUACAAGUGGACGAGGACUCGCUGGUUUAUCUGAUGCUGGCGAACCACUUGGUUCACACAGUGCAUCCGGACUGCAUUACCAUAGCGGAGGAUGUUUCCGGAAUGCCGGCUUUGUGCUCGCCCAUCACGCAGGGGGGAGGUGGCUUUGACUACCGACUGGCCAUGGCAAUUCCCGACAAGUGGAUUCAGAUACUUAAAGAACUUAAAGAUGAAGACUGGAAUAUGGGAAACAUUGUGCAUACCCUCACAAACAGGCGCUACCUUGAAAAGUGUAUUGCAUAUGCAGAAAGUCAUGAUCAGGCUCUUGUUGGUGAUAAGACCUUGGCAUUCUGGUUGAUGGAUGCGGAAAUGUAUACAAACAUGAGUGUGCUGUCCCCCCUUACUCCAGUUAUUGAUCGUGGCAUACAGCUUCAUAAAAUGAUUCGUCUCAUUACUCAUGCACUUGGGGGCGAAGGCUAUCUGAACUUUAUGGGCAAUGAAUUUGGCCAUCCAGAAUGGUUAGACUUCCCAAGAAAAGGAAAUAAUGAGAGUUACCAUUAUGCUCGGCGGCAGUUUCAUUUGACUGAUGAUGAACUCCUCCGCUACAAAUUCCUCAACGACUUUGACCGAGAUAUGAAUAAAUUAGAAGAAAGGUGCGGCUGGCUCGCAGCACCUCAGGCCUUCGUGAGCGAGAAACAUGAAGGAAAUAAAGUCAUCGCUUUUGAGCGAGCGGAUCUCCUUUUUCUCUUCAAUUUCCACCCGGAAAAGAGCUUUACUGAUUACCGCGUGGGAACGCCUUCGCCAGGGAAAUUCAAAAUUGUCCUGGACACUGACGAGGGGAGGUACGGAGGACACCAGAGGCUGGACCAUAACACCGACUUCAUUUCUGAGCCCUUUGGACAUCAUGGCCGGCCCUGCUCUCUUUUGGUGUACCUGCCCAGCCGAGUGGGCCUGGUGCUUCAGAACGUGGAUCUGCCCAACUGAAGCCGAGGCCCGCCUGGCCCGGAGUGCCCUCGGUGUCCCGUCAGAGACUUUCAGGAGAAGGUUCAGUCAUGCUCCCAAGGCUUCACUGUCGGUACGGAAUAUUGCAAGGGACCCUGGGCCGCCGAGCCCCUUCCGGGCCGCGUCGGUGCCAGCGUAGAGAGAAUCCUCCGCUUUCUAGUGUGCAGAGCGCCGCAGGGCGGACGUUCUCAAGCUACGCGUGGCACGGCGAAAGUCAAGUCAUAGUGACGUCAUUCUUGGUGUUUCCGGCUCGCUGCACUCCCGCCGCCCUGAUCCUUCCUUAACGUGAUGAGUGAGCAGAAUUGCUUAAAGUCGAAUAGCGGCUUAUUGACGUGUUUUCUUUUGCGUUUGGCGGGGUGCCUGAAUGAAACCUUAUCAUGCUUGUUAUCGCUUCUGGAAUCCUCCUGGAAAAAGGAAAUUAUUAUUAUUCACGAGUGACGAGGGUUUGUUUUUCAAGAAAUGAUGGACUUUUUGGGAAGCCACUUUGGUGUGAUUUCAGCAGAACAUUUUUCUUUUCUUUUUUCUUUCCUGUAACGUUCUUCCAGCUGCUUCUUUCUCAGUUUUUCCCAGCCUGACAAUCACUGUGAGAGUUCAGAAACCGCCUUUGAUUUUCUAUUAGUGCGCAGUUUGGUCCAAAUAUUUUCAGCGAGACUUAGCCUAUUAUUCCAGGGGAUUGAUUAGAGCACACUUCAGCCUGCGUGCUAUAAAAAGGUCUUCACUUGCAGAGAGCAAUCGAGCAUCCCUGGGUGUGCCUGUACCCCGAUUGGCAGCCCAAGCAAAAGCAUCGAGUUGGGUUCCUGCCAGAGUCGGUGAUCGACAGGGACGUGAAGACGCUUCACUCAGACCUGCUGUAACGAGGGCGGCUUCCUCGGCCCUUCAGAAUCGCUGGUGCCCGUCAGCGUGUCCCUGGAUUUCUGAUAGUGCUAGUUCUUCGCCCCGCCCCCCCCCAAGGCACUCUGGGAACACCCAUCCCAGUGACUGUGUUUGGUCUGGAAUCCUUUGGCUUUCGCAGGAGCAAUAUUCAGUGGAAAAGACACUUAGUACAAUUGGAAACAAGUCCUCAUGGCGGAUACCCAUUUAGGCACAGAUGAGAGAUCGGGUAAGAAAAAAUAGAUACAAAGCCAAAGAAAUGAAUGAACAUCCUAACAGUCAAAAUCUGGCAACUCCGACUGUUCUAGAUGAAGACAGCCUGCGUUAGACGUUGUUCUAAGGAUCCUCCUUUUUAUGACACCUUCCAGGUUUCAUUGGGAACAUGAUGACACUUUGUGGCAAGUAAAAGACACCCGUGGAAUUAUGGGCUCCAUUUUCUUUGUUGAUUGAUCUUACACGCGGUUUCUUUGUAUCUCACUGAUUUACUUUACAGGGUUCCACAAAUUAAUGUGAGGUCAUUGCCCUUGUGUCUUUCUGCUAGAAGAACAAUAAAUGUAUCUUCUAAGUAGGAAUAAUAAAAAUAUAUGCAAAUAAAACAUUAAGAGUUAAAAAUGUGAA